GCCCCGGCAGCGGACCCAGGCCCCAGCUCAUGCGGGGCGCCCCUGGCUUGGAAGAGUCCUCCGGGCAGAAAGCAGCUCCAGGCAGCGGCCCGGGAGGAAGAGGAAGGGACAGUGCUCAGCCUGGGCAAUCCGGACCUUUCCUGUCGCGUUUGGAGCCCAGGGCUGUCCCGAAGUCGGCUCUUGGCGCCGCUGCUGGGACUCGGGCAGCACCUGCCUGGACCCGGACUUGGACUCCCUGCUCCUCGUAGGCGGCAGCAUCUCCACGCCACCCAGCUCUUCCGCGGUCUCCCUCUGCUUGGGGGCAGUCACGGCCAAGAAAGUAUUAUGAGGGAGGCCGAGGACUUCAUGCUCCGGACAGAGACACGGCGCUGGGAUUAGGGAUUGCCACUUCUGAGAGGAUGCUGGGGAUCUGCAGAGGUAGACGGAAAUUCCUGGCUGCCUCUUUGACUCUGCUCUGUAUCCCGGCCAUCACCUGGAUUUACUUGUUUGCUGGGAGCUUCGAAGAUGGGAAGCCCGUGUCCCUGUCACCGCUGGAGUCCCAGGCUCACAGUCCCCGCUAUGCAGCCUCCAGCCAGCGUGAGCGCGAGAGCCUGGAGGUGCGCAUGCGCGAGGUCGAGGCCGAGAACCGAGCGCUGCGCAGGCAGCUCAGCCUGGCCCAGGGCCGCGGCCCCGCGCACCGUCGAGGCAACCACUCCAGGACCUACUCCAUGGAGGAGGGCACUGGGGACAGCGAGAACCUGCGGGCUGGCAUCGUGGCAGGCAACAGCUCCGAAUGUGGGCAGCAGCCGGUGGUGGAGAAGUGUGAGACGAUCCACGUCGCCAUCGUCUGUGCCGGAUACAAUGCCAGCCGGGACGUCGUCACCUUGGUCAAGUCCGUCCUCUUUCACAGACGGAACCCUCUGCACUUCCACCUCAUCGCUGACUCCAUCGCCGAGCAGAUCCUGGCCACGCUCUUCCAGACCUGGAUGGUGCCCGCUGUGCGCGUGGACUUCUACAAUGCAGAUGAGCUCAAGUCUGAAGUUUCUUGGAUCCCCAACAAACAUUACUCUGGGAUUUAUGGCCUGAUGAAGCUCGUCCUGACCAAAACUCUUCCUGCCAACCUGGAGAGAGUCAUUGUCCUCGACACAGAUAUCACCUUUGCAACUGACAUCGCAGAGCUCUGGGCUGUGUUCCACAAGUUCAAAGGUCAGCAGGUCCUGGGCUUGGUAGAGAACCAGAGUGACUGGUACCUUGGAAACCUGUGGAAAAAUCACCGCCCGUGGCCAGCCCUUGGGAGGGGCUACAACACAGGGGUGAUUCUGCUGCUUCUGGACAAGCUGCGGAAGAUGAAAUGGGAGCAGAUGUGGAGACUGACGGCAGAGAGGGAGCUCAUGGGCAUGCUGUCUACAUCCUUGGCUGACCAGGAUAUUUUCAAUGCCGUCAUCAAGCAGAACCCCUUCCUGGUGUAUCAGCUGCCCUGCUUCUGGAAUGUGCAGCUGUCAGACCACACCCGCUCCGAGCAGUGCUACAGAGACGUUUCUGAUCUAAAGGUCAUCCACUGGAACUCCCCCAAGAAGCUGCGGGUGAAGAACAAGCACGUGGAGUUCUUCCGAAACCUCUACCUGACCUUCCUGGAGUACGACGGCAACCUGCUGCGGCGGGAGCUGUUCGGCUGCCCCAGCGAGGCCGACGUCAACAGCAAGAACCUCCAGAAGCAGCUGUCGGAGCUCGAUGAGGACGACCUGUGCUAUGAGUUCCGGCGAGAGCGCUUCACCGUGCACCGCACCCACCUGUACUUCCUGCACUACGAGUAUGAGCCAGCUGCAGAUGGCACCGACGUCACCCUGGUUGCCCAGCUCUCCAUGGACAGGCUCCAGAUGCUGGAGGCCAUCUGCAAGCACUGGGAGGGACCCAUCAGUCUGGCCCUCUACCUGUCGGAUGCUGAGGCCCAGCAGUUCCUCCGCUAUGCCCAGGGCUCCGAGGUGCUCAUGAGCCGCCACAACGUGGGCUACCACAUUGUGUACAAGGAGGGCCAGUUCUACCCUGUGAACCUCCUGCGCAACGUGGCCAUGAAGCACAUCAGCACCCCCUACACGUUCCUGUCGGACAUCGACUUCCUGCCCAUGUACGGGCUCUAUGAGUACCUCAGGAAGUCUGUCAUCCAGCUUGACCUCGCCAAUACCAAGAAAGCGAUGAUUGUCCCCGCCUUUGAGACACUGCGCUACCGGCUGUCUUUCCCCAAGUCCAAAGCAGAGUUGCUGUCAAUGCUAGACAUGGGGACCCUCUUCACAUUCAGGUACCACGUCUGGACAAAAGGCCACGCACCCACAAACUUUGCCAAGUGGCGGACCGCCACCACGCCUUACCGGGUUGAGUGGGAGGCUGACUUCGAGCCGUACGUGGUGGUGCGACAGGACUGCCCUGAGUAUGACCGGAGGUUUGUGGGCUUCGGCUGGAACAAAGUGGCUCACAUCAUGGAACUGGAUGCACAGGAAUAUGAGUUCAUCGUGCUGCCCAACGCCUACAUGAUCCACAUGCCCCACGCCCCCAGCUUCGACAUCACCAAGUUCCGUUCCAACAAGCAAUACCGCAUCUGUCUCAAAACCCUGAAGGAAGAGUUUCAGCAGGACAUGUCCCGCCGCUAUGGCUUUGCCGCCCUGAAAUAUCUCACGGCCGAGAACAACAGCUAGCACCGAGAGGCCACCGCUAGGGAGAGACAUGCCACAGGGGACGAGCCACUGGCUGUUUGGGGCCCAGCCUUCAAAGUCAAAAUUGAGCUUUUUGGGGUUUCAUUUUUCUUUGUCCCUUUGGCCCUGCCGAGCUGCUCUCGCUGCAGAGAUCUUGACAGGGACGCAGCCAGCUGCAGAGAGUUUGGCAUUCCCAGGGCGUAGAAUUCUCAGGCCUGGCAACACAAGUCUCCUCAAGUAGGGACCUAGAGGGGAGAGCGAGGAAGGGGUUAUCAUCUUAUCACAAAGCCACAAACCAAGUCAGGGCUUCCAGAUAUUCUUAUGGCUUUUUAAUAGUCAUGGGUCCCCUCGUAGCUGGAGGUGGGGAGUCAGAGUGCUGGGGAUUACUCAUCCCGGGAAAUAAGAGCACGUCAUCUCGUCCUUCAGAGGAGACCUUCCUUACCCUGCAGCGUAGUUCGGCACCCAAGGGGAGGGGUAACCACGGAUUGGAGCUAGCCAUUGGGAAGAACCCCAUGGGGACACCAGAUACGGAGGGGCCUGGAGUUGGGCUGGUCGAUUCUUUAUCCUCAAAGUCACUCUUGUUUUCUUUUGAUUUGCUUUAGUUUGGGGGAUUAAGUUUAUUUUUGGUCCCGGAAUCCAAACUAGAAAAUCUGGUCCUCUCAGGCUCUAAAGGAAAGUCAACUGCCUCAACCAACGUCCCCUGUCAGCAGUGGCCCAAUGAGGAGGACAGGAAUCUCCAGCAACUAUUCAGACCUGGGUAGCUGGCGCUCCUCACCCGAGGCCCCCCUCUCCAGGACCCAGGGCUGCAACGGGGACUGCAGAGACACAGCUCCUGGCGUGCAGUCACGUUUCUUUGGGCAGCGGCUGGGUCACGAGGAAAGGGCUUUGAAGGAACCGUUUCCGUGCACACAGAAGGGACAACCCUUUCAGGCCUUCAGAAGAACUCGAGGCAUUCCCGGGUGCCCGAUUCUGAAGACUCGUGUGACCCUGGGGGAGGCCCCCGGGAAAAGGAUGGAGCUGGGGUUCCUCUGUUCUUGCCCUCUUCCCUGUGGAGGGGAAGAGGUGGCGACCUGAGUCUCCCCUGGGGACCUGUCCAGGGGGGCAGGCACCUUCACCGUUCCACAGAUCGAGGAGACACUGGACUUUUUACCCAUUUUCUUUACUCUUCAGUAUUAAUGUUGUGUUUACACUGAUGAGAACACACGAGUGGACGCCCUGCCCUGCGCUGGGCUGUUUGUAUGGCCUUGCCAUGUGACCAGGGAAAGCAGCACUCAAUA